AUGGCGUCAAUCUUCUAUAUUGUUGGUGUUAUAAGUAAAAAUUUUGAAAGCCUCAUGGAGAAGAUUGGGUUUGCACUUGAGAAAUGGGCAUGUUCCGAGAUGGAAAAACUGGGUAUUCCAGAACCAAGUGCCAUUGUUCGAUAUCUACAGCCCAUUGAAAAUCCUGUUGAAGUGGAAGAAUAUCUGAUAUCGAUGCUUGAUACAGGUAACCCAUCUCAUCGACACUUCAUUGAAGAAUUUUUGAGGAAGCAAGAAGAGAUAAAAACAGCAGUGGACACAAGAUUUUAUAGGAAGCCAGAUUUAGAAGAGAGUACAGUGUUCAAAGUAGGUGACAAAAAGAAGCAAAGAGGGACCAAAGAAAAUGGAUUUAAUAAGGGACCAGAAAGGAUGCAGCCACCAACACAAACUAACGGCUCUUUGCCCACACCUCCACAACCAUCGGGUGGUUCCUCAGGUAAAAAGAAAAGCAAGUAUGUGUCCUUGUACUCAAAUGAAGGGAAAAGUAAAGAUGUAGUGCUUCUAAGUGGGAGACAUAAGUGUGACUGCCAAGCUAGUAAACAUAAACUAAUUAAUAAUUGCCUCAAGUGUGGCCGUGUCAUUUGUGAGCAAGAGGGCUCAGGACCUUGUUCAUUUUGUGGAAAUAUGGUGACCACAAAUGAGGAGGAGGAAUUGCUUGAGCAAAAUAACCGUAAGUCAGAGGCUUUACAGAGGAGAUUAUUUAGUGAGAAAAAUGCUGUUGUUAAAGGUAUUCCUUCAGAACCCGGGAAAGAUCAGGAGGGUUUACGCAAAGCUGUUGAACAUAAGAAUAAGCUUUUGGAAUUUGACAGGACAAGUGAAAAAAGAACUAAGGUUUAUGAUGACGAAAGUGACUAUUUUAGCACAGGUUCACGGUGGCUCAGUCAAGAACAGAAAGCGAAAUUGGAAAAACGAGAGGAAGAACUACGGAAAAAGAAAUAUGACAGAAGUAAUCAGAAGGUAACCAUAGAUUUGUUAGGCAGAAGGGUAAUUGCAGAAGAGAAUAAUGAUAAUAUUUAUGAUCCAGAUGAUCCUAUUAUCAAAGAAAUUCUUGAGGUUAGAUCUAACGAUAUAUUUUCUGCACCAGACAGAGAGGAGUCAAAGCCCUAUAUUGAGGUGGAUCGACCAGAGUAUGUAGAGGGAGAUAUGGAUAAUUACAGACGCAGGACAGGAAACAUGAAAUUUGCUGGAAUGAGUAUGCGUAUACAAGAUAGAGAAAUACAAGAAAUGGUAGAUGAAGGAAUGUGCCUCAGUAUGCACCAACCUUGGGCAUCCCUUCUUGUUGCUGGAAUAAAGAUUCAUGAAGGUAGAACAUGGUACUCAUCCCACAGGGGAAGGCUUUGGAUUGCCUCGGCUGUUAAGCCACCUACUCCCCAAGAAAUCAGUCAGCUAGAGCAGAUGUAUAGGGUUCUCCUCAAGGAUGAGUAUAUCAAGUUCCCCCAAUAUUAUCCAGCAGGAUGUCUCCUUGGGUGUGUAGAUGUUGUUGAUGUCCUCCCACAAGAGGAGUAUCGUGUUAAAUAUCCUGAAGGGGAAAGUGACUCUCCAUAUGUGUUUGUAUGUGAAAAUCCUCAGGAGAUGGUGCUGAAAUUUCCCAUGAAAGGACAGCAUAAGAUAUAUAAAAUGGAUCCUAAGAUUCAUCAAGCUGCUAAAAAAGCCUUGCGGCCAAAAGAGGAUCCGUGAAUUAUUUAUAUAUAUAGUUUGAUUAGCACUUACAGGUCUGACCUGAAUGGUUGUUUUUAUGAAAAGAAUGUGAUUAUUAUGAUUUUAUGUAAUAAGAGCUUUAUAGACUAAAAAUGGUGAAGAUUCUGACAAAAUUUCCCAGGUAUGUAUUUGUUUACAGUAUUAUACUGUACUUAUAUGCUGUCAGUUUAAAUUUGUACAUUCAUACAAAAUACAUACUAUUGCUAUCUUGCACUCUCUCCAGGAGGUAGCAUCAAUACUUUGGUUGGCACUAUAGUAAUUGCACUACACUUUGUCAAGUUCUCAAAUUAGAUAACACCACUUGUGCGAUAUAAUGUUUUAUCUUACUAAUAUUUAUAUUUAAUGAGAUGUAUUAUUCUGAAGAUUUUAGCAGGCAUGUGUUAUAUAGUAUAUUGGAAUAUUUAUAUUUUUUAUCAUCUUUAUAUGAAGAGGAAAAUAUUAUGAUUCAGUAAAUGCUAACAACAUAGACAAUGUGUAUUAUAUUUACCUUUAUUAAAUAAAAAGGAAGUUAGAAACUUU